AUGGCUAAUCGUCCCGCAAUUUCAUCACUAUCCCUAGGACGCGCCUGGGUCCACGAGCUUCCUGUAAAGCUAGAGCAGGCCGCGAACCAGGGUUUCCAGGGGAUUGAAAUCUUUUACGAGGAUCUCGAGUAUCUCAGUCGUCAGCUUCCAGGCGGCCUCACGCGAAACAACCUCUUACAAGGCGCUCGUCAGGUCCGGCGCAUCUGUCGAUCUUUGAACCUCAAAGUUAUUGCCCUCCAACCCUUCUGGUUCUACGAAGGCCUUCUUGAUCGUGCUGAACAUGACCGUCUCCUCGCCGAAAAGCUGACCCUCUGGUUCGAGCUCGGUCGCAUUUUGAAAACAGAUACAAUCCUGAUUCCAUCGAACUUUUUACCUCCCGACCCUCAAACCGGAAAGCCGCGAAUCACAGGCGACAUGGAUAUCAUUGUUGGCGACCUGCAGCAAAUCGCUGACUUGGGUCUAAAACAAUCACCACCGUUCCGCUUUGCGUACGAAUCUCUCGCAUGGGGCACCUACGUCAACACUUGGGAGAAAUGCUGGGAUAUUGUUUGUCAAGUCGAUCGACCUAACCUUGGAAUUUGUCUGGACACGUUCAACAUCGCGGCUAGAGUGUAUGCAGACCCUUCUUUGCCAACAGGGAAAACAGCCACCGCAGAUGCGGACAUCAAAGCCACAAUCUCCCGGCUUAUCCGUAGAAUCGACGUUCGCAAAGUCUUUUUCAUCCAGAUUGUCGACGGUGAGCGCCUUUCGGCUCCAUUAGUUGAAGGACACGAGUGGUAUGUCCAGGAACAGCCGAGUCGGAUGAGCUGGUCUCGAAAUGCGAGGUUAUUCGCUUAUGAGCAGGAUCGCGGAGGAUAUUUGCCGGUUGUCGACAUCGCCAAAGCCAUAUUCGACAUGGGGUUCGAGGGAUGGGCAUCGUUGGAACUGUUCUCUCGCACCUUGGUGGACCCUGAUCCCAAAACCCCGGAGAAACAUGCGAAGCGGGGGAUUGAAUCGUGGAAUAAGUUGGUUCGCGAUUUGCAGUUGAGGACUUGA